AUGAAAAAAUCGGAGGUGAAGCGGUUUGAAGAAGAAAAACACAAAGAGAAGACGACGACGAAUCAGAGGUCGAACGAGGAUCCAUCUAGCCAUCUCGAGGAUUUUGUCGGAGCAGACUUGGCCGGAGUAAAUAUUCAAACAGUCGUAGGAGAUCACGUUGGAAAAGAGAAGACGACGACGAAUCAGAGGUUGAACGAGGAUCCAUCUAGCCAUCUCGAGGAUUUUGUCGGAGCAGACUUGGCCGGAGUAAAUAUUCAAACAGUCGGAGGAGAUCACGUCGGAAAAGAGAAGACGACGACGAAUCAGAGGUUGAACGAGGAUCCAUCUAGCCAUCUCGAGGAUUUUGUCGGAGCAGACUUGGCCGGAGUAAAUAUUCAAACAGUCGGAGGAGAUCACGUCGGAAAAGAGAAGACGACGACGAAUCAGAGGUUGAACGAGGAUCCAUCUAGCCAUCUCGAGGAUUUUGUCGGAGCAGACUUGGCCGAGAGGUCCGAAGAAACAGAGGUUGAGGUGAAACAAAGGUCCGAAGAAGAAAAACGCAUGAUUCCCGGAAGGCCCGAUUAUGGUUAUAUUGGGGAGCGGACAACAAUACGAUCGAAUCAUUUUCAAGUUACCAUUGAUUCAACAAACACUGGUCUUUCAGAGUUGGCAACAUUCAUCAAUAACUCUGGUCAUGAAGAAAACCAUACCGUUAAGAAGACACUACGCAUGCUUCGCAAUUUGCUCAAGAAAACGGCACGUGAAAGGUAUGUUUAGAUAGAUUCUCUUUUUUAUAUCAAACU